CAAUUACAGCAGGUUGCAGACGUUCAAACUGUGCUGAUAGCUCAACAGGCACAGAUCACACGACUUCAAAACGACUCCCAAAGUGCUGAGAUUCACCUGUUGAACCUAUUAGCUGAACAGAAGAAGAUCACAGACAGUCUGAAGAACCGAGUUGCUCAGCUUGAGGAGAGGAUCAGGACCACUGACGGUGCCGUAACUUGUCCAGCACGUUACUGGCUGUUCAACGGGAACUGUUACCGCUUCUCCAUCGACCAGAAACCGUACAACGAGUCACAAGCGAUCUGUCACGAAGAAGGUGGCCAUCUAGCAACAGCGAAGAACAACGAGACCCACAACUUCCUGGCCAAUCACGUGAGAAAUACAACUAAACAAAACACCUGGAUUGGACUGAGUGACCUGGAGAAUGAAGGGCUCUGGGUUUGGGACGACGGCACUUUGUUGGUUGGUGAAGGAAUCUGGGGAACAAACGAGCCAAACGGUGGCACAAGGGAAAACUGUGCUCACAUCUACCCAUCUAAGGACUACCGGUGGAACGACAGUACAUGCCCCAGCUCUUACUACUACAUCUGUGAAAUCCGUGGCUAGACCAUAGCUACUAUAGUACUUCAUGUACCUGUAGACAACUGAAGACAACAGUGUUUUGACAUUUUUCUCUUAAGCACUAUCCAUAGAUUCACAAGAUGAGAAAAUAAGGUUUAUAAUGGCCCCCUGCCUUUAUGCACAAUGGCAUGGCACUUGGCACAACAAU